AAAUGGUGGCUCCAUAUUGGUGGGCUAUAUGCAUUUGCAAUAUUUCAUAUCCAUAUUGCACGAAUUCAGCAUGUGCUCAAUUAAUUGGAUAGUAAGGCACACUUCUAGCGCACUGGAACGCACCAUACGUUCUUCCAUGAAGUACGUAACAUUUCGCUGAAAAACAACGUUUUCAACACGGGUUCCUAAAUGACUGUGGUGGCAGCCAGCAUCACAUAGAAGAUGAACAAGGGUGAUUGGGGAAACAGAUUGAAGAAGGUGGAAGAACUAGCUCAGUCCUUCCAGCAGUGUCCUUUGACCUCAUGCUACAAACCUAGGCUGUCCCGGCCAUGGCAGCCAUCCUCCAUAUGGAAGCUCUUCCCUCGUCAAUGUAUGGCUAUCAACUUUGCACAGAGUUGCAGAGAGGACGUACACGUGUUUGCACUUGAGAAGGAACAGACAAAGAUGGGUCAGAGGAUCUUCCUGGUCACCAGUUACAGUGAGCUAUGGCAUUACUACAGUACCUACAGGCAAUCUCUGAUGCAUUGCUAUGAGGUGAUCCCAGAGGGGGCUGUUUGCAAGCUAUAUUUUGACUUGGAGUUCCACAGGCCCUCCAAUAAGGGCUUUGAUGGGAAGUGCAUGGUGGCCUCCCUCAUCCAGUAUGUGUGUGAGAAGCUGGAGGAGGUGUAUGGGAUUGAGUGCUCUGGGAAAGAUGUUCUGAACCUUGACUCCAGCACAGAGGAAAAAUUCAGUCGCCAUCUCAUCUUCAUUUUACCAAAUGCAGCUUUUAAGGAUAACCUACAUGUCGGGCAAUUUAUCCAUUUGAUUCUGCAACCAGUGCUGAGCGUGAAUAGGAGUGGAAGUGAACUUGAGAAUGACAUGGGUGGAGUCACAGAGGACAGUGGCAAAAGGGGGCUGAUUGGAAGUCCACAGGCCAAGAGGCCCAGACAGGAAGAGAGGGACCUCAGCUUCCUGUUGGUGAAAAACAAGGACGGACAGGAUGGGCUUUUUGUUGACCUCGGUGUGUACACCAAGAACAGAAACUUCCGUCUCUACAAGUCAUCUAAGGUGGGGAAGAAUGUAGCCUUCACUGUCGCAGAGGACAACAAGUUCAUCACCAAGCCUAAAAGGAACAUCUCUGCAGAGGAGAGCUUGUUCCAGUCCUCCUUAAUCAGCAACGUAAGUUUCACCGGACAGAAGAUUCUGACAUGGGACCUCCAUGACGAGAGGGACGGGAUAUGCCCCAAGCCUCAUGCUCAGCUGGGUUCGACUUCACACUAUGUUUCAGACUCUUUGGGAGGCUACCAGUGUUCUCCCCACAAAGAAGUGGACAACUUUGUUCUUUCUGUGGUGAAAAAGGAUGGCAUCCAAGGAAGCAUACGACGGUGGAAUUACUUUGUUUCAGAGCAGUUACUUGUCUACGACAUCCUAAAGUACCGCUGGUGUCAGAAUGUUCACCGGUGCCACAAAAGCAACAACAUCAUGAUUCUGGUGGAUCUUAAACAGGAGGUCUGGUACCAGAAGUGUCAUGACCCUGCUUGCAAGAGCUUCAGAUCUUCUAGUUACCCAUUACCACAGGACAUCUGCGUCAGCUACCUCAUAACAAUGGAUGAGGAGGACCAGGCAUAUCUGAUGGACGACGUGGGGAACAUCGAGCUCAGCCAGACACUCCCAGUGGAGAAGUACCUGGGGGGCUCGGCAGCAACACUUCCCCAGAGAGAAGACGGCGAUCCCUGGGGGGAUGACCAGGCUUACCUGGAGGCCCUGGAGGAUGUUGAGAGAAGCACAGGCGAUUUGGCAGAGGAUGAUGUCCCAGAUGAGCUUCUGCUCCAAACCAUGACUGAGUUUGAGUCCCUCAAAGAUUUGUGCUUGUCGGCCACUAAGUGCUAAGUGCAUUUUCCCUCAAUUCUGUUCAUGGAGAGACAGGGUGACCAGGCUUUUGCUCCAGCUCAGGGGGAACCCACCCCAUUCAACUAUUCGAGGGCUUGAUGGUGUGUUGAGGUGCUGGGCUGGAACAAAAGCCUGCCAGCCUACAGGAGCAGAAUGGAAGAAGACUGCAUUAGAGGGAGGUUAUACUUGUCCAACAGUUCAUUUCUCAUUUGUAAUACAGGCUCCUGAGUGACGCAGUGGUCUAAGGCACUGCAUCUUCAUGCUAAAGGAGUCACUACAGACCCUGGUUCGAUUCCAGGCUGCAUCACAACCGGCCGCACAAUUUGCCCAUUGUCGUCCGGGUUAGGGUUUGUCAGGGGUAGGCAGUCAUUGUAAAUAAGAAUUUGUUCUUAACUGACUUGCCUGGUUAAAUAAAGGCUAAAUAAAAACAUUGAAAUUCA